AAUGCAUAGCUUAGAAAAGUCCUGCGAUUCAUUACCUGUUUCUUUGAUUCUUCUUUCUUCUGACAAUAACACAAAAGAAGUCAUUGGUCAUAGUCGUCUAUCUCCUUUGUCAUGUGAUCCAAAUGGAUGCCUAAUAGAAUCAGGUAAAUCAGUUUUAAUUAAAAAUGAAAGACGUGGUGAAGGUCUUGGAAAGUUUUUAAUGCAGAAAACAGAGGAUCAUGCGAAAAGAUUAGGAUACCAAACAUUGUAUCUUACAACAGGAGAUAAACAAGAAUUUUAUGAACAUUUGGGAUACAGUCAUUUUAUAUUUGAUAAUUUAACUAGUCAAACUCAUGAUAAUAAAAGUGUUUCUUUGAUUAAUUCAUCAAUAAAACAAAUGAGUCUUAAAGAGAACUAUAAACAAGAGAGGAAAAAUAAUGAGAUAAUUUCAAAUAAUUUGGAUUCAAAACUUCAAGAAUUGUCUUCACAAUCUUUGCCAUCAUCACUGCCACUUCCAUUGCCGCCGCCGCCGUCGCCACCACUACCAACUCAGCCAAAGUCUCAGUCAAAAAGCAUAUUUAAUCGUGAAAAAACAUAUUGGAUGAAAAAAUCUUUAUGAUGGUUUUUAUAUUUAUAUUUUAAGAAAAUUUCAUAUUUGUAUUAUUUAAUAUUUAUGAAACUAAUUUGUAAAUAUUUUAUUAUAUUAUAAUUAAAAUUAUACUAUUUAUUAAACUCUACAAAUGUUUGAUGUUUAAAAAUAUAUAUGACAAAAUAAAUUACUAUUUAACUUAGCAUUUUGUGAUCAAAAACCAAUAGUGUUUUAUACACGUUGUUGUUGUCAGCAAAAACUAUUUUAUAAUCAAAUUCACAACAUUACGGCUAUAUAUAGAUUACAGUACAGUCAAACCAUUGUUUUCAAACCUAAUUCAUUCCUAAAUGUUGUUCUAAAUCUGAAGCAAAUUUUCCCAUAAGAAACAAUAUAAAAUAACAUUCUUACUCCACACCUGCAGGGAUACCAAUUUUCCAUCUCCAACACGUUGGAAUUAAUAGAUCAACUCAAGAUGGUCACCUCUCCGUGUUAUGCUACAGUAUUGGAUUUUAG